GGCCGGUCGCCGACGUUGAAACGUGAUGAUGAAGACUGAAGACAUCAUACCGUGUCGCGAGGACUGCGAGUACACGAGCUGCUACUGUGAAGAAAAUGUUUGGAAGCUCUGUGAAUUUGUCAGAACCAAGAGAACCGGACCGCUGGAACAGCUGUUCGUUGUUUUCGUCUCUAAUGACAACAGAAUGGUUCCUCUUUGGAAACAGAAGUCUGGACGUGGAGACCAGCCAGUGAUCUGGGACUACCACGUGGUUCUGCUGCAGGUGGCGCUUCAGUCCGACGCUCUGAUCUACGAUCUGGACUCUGAGCUGCCGUUUCCCUGCAACCUGAAGGUGUACGGCGCCAAGGCCUUCCGCUCCGACUGCCACAUCAGACCAGAGUACCACAGGAAGUUGCGUGUGGUUCCUGCUGACAGUUUCCUGCAGAACUUUGCGUCGGAUCGUUCUCACAUGAAAAACCCUGACGGAACCUGGAAGAUGCCCCCACCGCCGUACCCCCCCAUACACACCACAGAGAGUCACAUGAACCUGGAUGACUUCAUCAGUAUGGAUCCUGCUGUCGGCUGGGGGACUGUCUACAGCCUGGACCGGUUCCUGCAGAGAUACACAGGAACCUCAUCGUCCUCCUUGGCAUCGUCAUCUUCAGCAUCAUCCUCAUCGUCUUCAGCAGCCGCAGCGCCGCGGUAGCUGCUGCUCUGUAGCUGCAGGGUGAUGCCUCCUGCUGGUUGCUGUCCAGGUGUUCUCUGACUGACAUCCAUCCAUCAUCUA